AAGAUGUUGCAUAAUUUUGACCCAACCCAGGGCCACAUUCAACGCUCCAUUCCACACCGAAUCACACAUGACGAAUAUCUUCUUACACACUGUUAAAGUCAACCCAAAUCUCCCAUCUCAAAACCCAGUUCCCUCCCAUCCCCAUGAAACGGACACAAUGGGUGAGAACGAGAACGCCACCGUCACAACCAAGAAGAAAACCAGCAAAACCCUUCUCACCCUCCUAACGGAACCAUUUCAAUGGAUUCAAAAGCUCUCGUCACAGCUAAACCCAACCUUCGUAAUCGGCGUGUUCCUAAUCUACGGCAUAGGCCAAGGCUUCUCUGGCUCACUCUUCAAGGUAGUGGCAGACUAUUACUGGAAAGACGUGCAAAAAAUCCAACCCUCCACAGUGCAGCUCUACGUCGGCUUCUACUUCAUCCCGUGGGUCCUCAAGCCUCUCUGGGGAAUCCUCACCGACGCAUUCCCCGUCCGCGGCUACCGCCGCCGACCGUAUUUUAUUAUCUCCGGCGUGAUAGGCGCCGUCUCCGCCGCGGUUAUUGCUUUCGCCGGGAACCUCGCCGCCGUCGCCGCGCUGAUGUGCUUCGUCGGCGUUUCGGCAUCGCUCGCGAUCGCGGAUGUGACGAUUGACGCGUGCAUUGCGAGGAACAGCAUCGAGGUGAGGGAGCUCGCACCGGACCUGCAGAGCCUCUGCGGGUUCUGCUCCGGCGCCGGCGCGCUCGUCGGAUACCUCGCGAGCGGGUUCUUCGUGCACCGCCUUGGACCCCAGGAGUCGUUGGGUCUUAUGGCGCUUUCUCCGGCUUUGACAAUUGUGCUGGGUUUUGUGAUUUAUGAAAACAGAACAAGUGGGUCGCAUAUUGAAAAGAAGCAGGCAGUGGAGAGUGUAGGAAUGAAGAUUAGAAGCAUGUACCAAACAAUGUUGUAUCCUCAUGUAUGGAAGCCUUCUCUUUACAUGUUCCUUGCCCUGGCUUUGAAUGUAACCACUCACGAAGGCCAUUUUUACUGGUAUACAGAUCCAAAAGCCGGUCCUGCAUUCUCUCAGGAGUUUGUGGGGGUGAUCUAUGCAAUAGGUGCAGUGGCUUCAUUGAUAGGGGUUCUAAUCUACCACAAGGCACUAAAAGACUACCCAUUUAGAGACCUAGUAUUCUAUGCACAACUCCUAUAUGGCAUAUCUGGUGUAUUGGACCUGAUCUUCAUCCUCCGUUGGAAUUUGGUCAUUGGAAUCCCUGACUACUUCUUUGUUGUCAUUGAAGAAAGUGCCACAAGAAUCACAAGCAAAAUCAGGUGGAUGCCCAUGAUGGUACUCAGCACCCAGUUGUGCCCUUUAGGCAUUGAGGGAACCUUUUUUGCUCUGUUAAUGUGCAUUGAUAGCAUUGGUGCCCUCUUAUCCAGAUGGGGUGGAGGGGUGCUUCUUCGUGUCCUUCACAUCACUAGAACUGACUUUACAAACCUUUGGUUGGCUGUUCUUAUAAGGGACAUGCUUAGGUUUGCUACACUUGCUUUGGUUUUUCUUGUCCCUAAGACUGAUCAAUAUGAGGAACUGCUUCCUUUUGAGGUUUCAGGAAAGAACACGAGUGAUAAGGUAGAUGAAGAAGAGACUUUGGAGCUUGUCCCCAUCAAUGGCAAGACUGAAGUUUAGAUAAAAUUUGUUGCAAUUAUACACACGUCAACCUCACUAUGCAAUUAACCUAUAUGCGAGAUUUUUAGAUGCAUAUUCUGCAGUGGCAUGAGCACGGGCACGGUGGACGACUGUCCAAGGGUCUCAUUUUUAUAGGGAUUCUUUUUAUUACGUUUAUAUAAAUAUUAAAAUAAAAUUAUUCUAUAAUGUUAUAGUGUAGCAAUGUCAAUGUGGGCUUGAAGAA